UGUCGGGCAUCGUUCAGGGCUUAAAUGCCCACAAGCAUGGGUGUGUAGGGCAGACGAAACAUCGGAGAAUACAAAGAAAGAGGCAUCAUGGCCGAAAUAUCUCUGUAUCUCACCAACGUGAACGUGUCUUUGGGCCAAACGAUGGACGUAGAGAAGAUCCCCAGCACAGGGAAGGACUUUGAGAGUGUCGAGCUGGGAGACCUGGAGAAGGGGGAUCAGAAAGAAGAGAAAGCCCCACGAAGGAUCAUCCAUUUCUCUAGCGGAGAAACCAUGGAAGAAUACAGUACAGACGAGGAGGAGGGGGAGGACAAGGAACCAGAGAAGAAGGACCUACUGUCCCCCCCUGUCGAUGCGGUGAGGAACAAGCUGACCUGGGGCCCGUACUUCUGGUUCCAUAUGUGGAGAGCAGCUACCUCCACUGUUUCAGCUUGUGACUACCUCGGGGAGAGGAUGGCCUCGCUCUUUGGAAUCACAUCGGCCAAAUACCAGUACGCCAUCGACGAGUAUUACAGGAUGAGGAAAGAGAAGGAGGAGGAAGAUGAGGACAACCGGUUAUCAGAGGAGGCGGAGCAAUACUUUGUCGAGAAUCAGGACGAGGAGAUCCAUGGACCAAUGACGGAUCAGCCAGAGGGAACCGCUACCACCCCCCACUCCACAGACACCUAUCAGGUUGAGAAAGAGGCCAAGGCCACGCCUACUGCCAUCAGGGUCCCAGCCAUUGUCACGACAACAACCUAACUAACUUCUGGAGAGAUGAUUAUGUGUUGUUCAUGUUUGUUUUGUUUUAAUUUGUCAAGGAGGUGGAGGCGCUCUGGGGUCUGUCUCUCUGAUAGUGCUGACCGAUUAACUGAAAUUUUGUGUGCACAUUGCACAGUUUCUCUAGAGAUAAAUCAGAUCCAGACUGAACUGUGCGACGUAGUACGGCGUUGUAGUUUCCAACAGGCCAAUAUUCUACAUAGUUUAGCGUGUAAAAUGUGGUAAUUAACUAUAAUACCCAUAAUCCAUUGCACAUCUACUUGUUCAGUCUGUUUCUUUUACUGCUUCUACGGAAGAGAGAUGAAUGCGAGAUUGUGAGGUGAUCUAGAGAGCAGCUGUUGCUUUGAGGUGUAUCUACUUGAAAAUACAUGAUCUAAGUGAUUGAUAUUGGUAGGAAUCACUUGGUAUUCAGCCGUCAAAAGUAUGCCUUAUUUACACUUUAAGAACUACAUUAUUAAAUAGUGAUUUUGUCAAGCAGCAGCUCUAUAGAUAUGACUUGGAAUUGAAUAUAAAUGAAUCAAAUAAAACAAAUGUAAUAUACACAACUGAAAUAUUUGAUUAAAGUCAUGUGAAUAAAUGAUGGUUAAUAAGUGUAAUGGGCCGUCACUACCAUCAUGGGACUUUUAUUAAUAGUUGUAUUCUGUGUAACAGCAUUCAACCCACAUAAUGCAUAUUGCAUUUAAUGUUUGCAAAAAUUAUUGAAACCAAAAUUGAAAACCAUAAUUAUUUUUGAAUGAUCGAAACAGAACCGACCUCAAAAAAACUCUAAUCGCUCAGCACUACUCUCUGAGUUCACAUUUGGUUGUGGAUAUGAAGGAACCAUCUAUAAACCUGGGAGUCAGACCUGCUACUGCUUUAGCCCACGCCUCUGUCAUGUCAUUAAUACCAGACUACAAAGAACUAUGACAACAAACUGAAGGACGAUGACAGAGUAGCGACAAAGAAGUUAGAGUCAAUUGAAGCAGAAGCUGAUCCGACUACCAGGCCUAGCCUUCAGUGAUCCGACUACCAGGCCAAGCCUUCAGUGAUCCGACUACCAGGCCUAGCCUUCAGUGAUCCGACUACCAGGCCUAGCCUUCAGUGAUCCGACUACCAGGCCAAGCCUUCAGUGAUCCGACUACCAGGCCAAGCCUUCAGUGAUCCGACUACCAGGCCUAGCCUUCAGUGGGCAGUGCCACUGUCCUUUCUGUAGUCCUAUAGUACAGGCACAGUGUGGUACGGUAGUAGUACUGUGUCGUUUAACUAUGUGUCUCCAGUGGCCUUACCCCUAACUGGAGGCUGGUCCUAACAUUCCAACCUCGUGUAUCUAUCUGGUGCCUCUGAAGGGCUGUGUUUUUUUAACCUAAACCACAGAGCCAAGUAGUAGCCUAAACCUUAAUGCACUCAACACAGGAAGCCUUCCUCCUUUAUACACUACUACUAGCAUGCCACUCACUUUGUUUUAAUUUAGACAACAUUUGUUUAAAUACUUUGUUGAGCACUGACCUAAACAUGGUGUGUUGUUUCCCUGUGUAGCAUUACUGGCUUGUGGUCACUUGGUGACUUGUAAUUUGGAACAUCUUUUCAGGCUGUUGGCGUAGCUGAGAUUUUGUAAAGGCAGUAUAAUCUGUCAUAUUUGUUUUUACUAGCCCAUUGGCCUAAUGCACAGUUGCCCUUGUUGUAAAGGAACUUUAUGUUAAACUUUUAUUUUGAUAUUCACAUAUUUAUUAUUAUUUUUGUAUUUUCUGAGCACUUUUUUACAACGUACUUUAUGUAACAACACCUUGAUAAACUGUUAAUAAAUAUACUUAACUAUGCUUUAA